AUGGCACCGCCACCGGGCUUGAAAUUAAUGGAGCUACCGCGCAUCACCAAUGGCCAGCGUGAAAUCAUCCAGCUGCACGUGGGACAGGCGGGCGUACAGAUGGCGAGUUGUCGCGGUAACGAUCCCUGCUCCGAAGAUGAUUGCAGUGCGUUCUUUAGCUGUACCCGGGAGGGCCGGUGCGUACCGCGUGUCCUGAUGGUCGAUCUCGAACCGUCCGUCGUCGACGAGAUCCGGCUCGGUGCGUACCGGGGGCUGUUCAAUCCGUCGACGCUGCUCACCGGAAAUGAAGAUGCGGCGAGUAACUACGGCAGGGGCCAUUACCGGUUAGGUCAGGCGCUGAUCGAACCGAUGAUCGAUCGUGUGAGACGGCUCUGUGAGAGUUGCUCGUCCGUGCAGGGAUUUAUGAUGUUCCGCAGCAUCGGUGGUGGUACGGGUGCCGGCCUUGGGACGCUACUCCAGGAACGGCUAGAUCAAGAGUUCAGUGGAAAGGUGUCUCGGUUUGAGUACGACAUUUUUCCCUCACCGAAAGUGUCGCCCGUGAUCGUGGAACCGUACAAUGCGGUCCUUGCAUCGCACGUUUCGAUGGAGCACAGCGAUUGCUCGUUCAUGCUGGACAACGAGGCCCUGUACGAGGUGUGCGAUCGUGGUUUGCAUGUGCCCGAACCAACGUACACCAAUCUGAAUCGGUUGGUGGCGCAGGCUAUGUCGAGCAUUACGGCGUCGUUGCGUUUCACCGGAGCGAUCAAUGUGGAUCUGCUCGAAUUUCAGACCAAUCUGGUACCGUUUCCUCGGAUCCAUUAUCCGCUCGUUACGUAUGCACCGCUCGUGGCCGUUUCUCGUGGUGAGCAUGAGCAACCGACGACGGUCGAGCUGACGCAGCAAUGCUUCGAACCGGCGAAUCAGUUGGUCCGUUGUGAUCCACAGGCUGGGCGGUACAUGUCCUGCUGUAUGCUGUACCGGGGCGAUGUUUCACCGCUCGACAUUAACCGGGCGGUGCAGGAGCUGCGGGCUAAGCGUUCGGCCCAGUUCGUCGAAUGGUGCCCGACGGGGUACAAGAUCGGCAUCAACUAUCAACCACCGAUGGCUGUACCGGGUGCUGAUUUGGCGCACGUCGAUCGAGCGCUCUGUAUGCUCGCGAAUAAUACCGCCGUGCGGACCGCAUGGGCUCGAAUUGUGGAGAAGUAUCGGGUGCUGUACGAUCGGAAAGCAUUUUUGCAUCAUUUUCUCGAUGAAGGGCUCGAAGUGCUCGAUCUGGAGGAAGCGAUCGAAAACAUUGCGACGCUGAUUGACGAUUACAAGGAAAUUGAAAAAUGA